AUGACCGAGGCUGCCAUGCUGUCUUCAAUUGCCCACGACGACGAAUACGAUGUCUUGCUUAGGAACUUUGCAAAUAAAAUCAUCAAUGGCACGGCCGAUAAAAAGGUCGUCGAUCCCAAUAUGCUACGGUUCUUUACGAACCCAUCUCACUCACACUCUGCAACAGGCAACUUUAAGGAGACAAAAGUGUCAGAAGAGACUCUGGAGCUUUUGAGAGCUCAAUGGCAAGGAUCAUCCAGCAAACCCUUGAGGACCGCCGCGAUUAAAUCUUUGCUCAAGCAAGCUUCUAUACCCGAGGAAGAUCUAGAUGCCGCCAUGUUUUGCCUUCAAAAUGGCGAUAAGGCAGACUCAAAACAAGUCUAUGGCCUUUUGAGCAGGCUAUCUCCAAUGACUGAAAGGGUCUUACGAGUGUUGACUAUAUAUCUGAAAAAUCUUGAUUUCCAACCUGCUCGCAUUGUCCCAUUUUCCGACAGCCCGAAGCUCGUCCAAGAAUAUAUCCUGCAAACUCUAAGAGACGCAGAUCGUUGCGUCAGACUUCGGGGCACUGAGACGUUGAGCAAACAGUCUCGCCUGCCAGAGAGUGCUAUCGAUGCCCUCACCACCCGCAUGAUAGAGGAUGUGGAGGUGCUGUCUCAGAAGCACCUGCCAGAUGCGGCUCUUGAUGCCGUAAUUUCGCAAAUGACGGAGGGGGUUGAUGAAAGUGCUAGAAGUUCCACAACUCAGACGCUAGCUGGGAAGAAUCAUCUACCGGAAAGGGCUUUUGAUGCUCUAAUUGCGCGGAUAACGGAGGACACCGACCGCACAGUGAGAUAUUCUGCUGCUCGGGUGCUUGGAGGGCAUACCCAUCUCCCCAACAGGGCGUAUGAUGCUCUAAUUGCAAGUAUGAAAAAGGAUCCCGAAAGAUCAGAGGCUGUUUACGCGCUUGUACGGGCGACUCACCUGCCGGAUAAGGCUCUUGAAGCCAUGAUUGACCAUGUGACAAGUGACCUUCAUAAGUACAGCCGGGAUGCCUUUCAACUUGUUGCAAGACAUACUUCCACAUCAAACAAGCUCCGAGACCAACUAAUAUCCUUGUUGGACAAAAUGCAAGAUUGGGACCACCGUGUUAUUGAUGCGCUGAGAUUACAUCAAAAUUUGCCUGAAGAUGUCCUCGACUCCUUUUUACAUCAACUGGAAGAGAAACAGCCGUCUUCCCAGCUCAAAGCAAACAUUCACAGUGCUUUAUGGAAGCAUAGUACUCCUCUGUUCUCCAGCCCAAAGUUUUGA